UUUCAAAGAGCAAUCAGCAACCUCUGAACCAAAACAAACCGCAGCGCCGGAACACGAAUACCGCCCUCGGAAGUAAUCGCGAUAAAAGAAGCUACAAGAUGCACGAUAUUAUCAUCAAAACCUCAUCGGAGCAAGAUUUCACGGAGGUUAUUUUCCUGCUGAUCGAUUACAUUGUCGAGCUGCUGCCACGAUCUCAGCGGUCCCGUGAACGGUUAGCCAACCUGCUCGGCCAAUCCUCUACCAGCGAUGAGCUAAAGCACACGCUAAAACUGUUUGAAAACCUUGUCCGUAAGUACUGUCUCGGUGAGGUUGACGAGAUGCGCUUCCGGUCCCACCUGAGCCAGCUCCCACCGAACCGGGCAGACCGUGUGUUGGAGAUAGUGAAUCUUCGCCGGCCGGAAAUAGCGCAACGAUUGAUCGAUGAGGUUAAUCGGCGCGAGGGUGGCGUUCCGUUGGUGGAAUCUUUCGAUUGGAACGUAAGCUGGAUUAUGGGAAGCAGCAGCCUGGCAUCGAUGCGCAAACAACUGUGCACGGUGACGCUCGCCUGCCGGGACAGUGAUUCGAAGUCGCGAGCGAUCAACUUCGAGAUGGGUCGCGAUCAGGUGGAGGAAGUGAUACGACAGCUGGAAACGGUUGUAGGAUGAUAGGUGAGUCGUAAGUAUAGAACGCAAGAGAUUUAUCAUUUAAUUCAAUCAUUUAAUUUUUAUAUUUAACUGCGAGUCCGGUGAAAAUUAAUAUAAAUUUAAAUAUUUAGCCACGGUCAUAGAUUCCUUCGCCGGGAGGAAUGUGUGUAAAUGGCAGACUUUGCAAUAGAUUACCAUUAUAUCAUGUACCUAUUAGUAAAUCAAUUUAUUGUAUUAUA